AUGAAACUUCACAUCAUGCCUCCGUUGAAGGAAAAGGGAAAACACAAUGUAUUUUCCAUCGGAAUGGUGCACAUAACACAAACAACUUUUAUGGCACGUUAUAAAUCUUCAAGAGAUUUUCUUCGCUUAGGAAUGUUCAUAGCAGCAUUAUGCAAGUGGAAAGUUUUGCAGUUUAAAAGUUUCUUGGGUAAAAGAGAAAUGCAAACGGACGAAAACCUCAAACAUGUCUUAAUGCUUGCUAGAAAAUCAUCCCCAGGCCACAACACAUGUCCGAGUAAAUGGUUAGUUUCAUCAUGGUUGGAAAUAUGUUUUCUGUGGAGCAUAGUAAAUAAUAAUCAUGCAGCACAAAACCUAAUGAAUAUUAAUUGGCGAAGUAUUCUUGCAGUUUAUUUAAGUUUCUAUUUAAUUAUAAUGCUGUGGUGA